AUGCCAUGCCGGUUUUCCAUUCCGAUGAGUCACGUCGUCAACCAUGGUUUCUUUGAACUGGUCAACAACGACAGCGUCACUGCCUUGUGGAAUGGUGACAUCAACAGGGAUAGUGAAGUGGACGGAGGUGGGGAUGGAGAGUGCUUCAUAGCUCCACCCGCUUGGUAUCACCACUCCUGCGACCAUCUCACUUCCGAGAAUUAUGAAUCACUCGCUCUCUUCUGCCUCGAAAUGGGCCUCCGUGAACUCGGCGUAGCCUUUGCAGUACGGGCCCAUCAGGAGUCGAAGCGUCGCGAAUCACCCGAUCUCUGCGUCAACGAUGGUGAUGCCAACGGCGCCACCACCACCUCUCCCUCCUCUCUUCUCCGAAUCCCCAGUCUCAGCCUCCCUCUUCUGCGCCAUCUUGAUCUCCCGCUCCCUCUACGACCAGACGAAGAAGGCUUAUUCAUGGACGAUUUGGACGUUGUCUUUCCCGCAGACGCAGUGAACGAACCGCUUCUGAAGCAUCAGACUGAAGAGGGCGUGGUGCGAAGGCGGGCGCGUGGAUCUAUUCUCAAGAGUUCCUCCUGCUGCAACGAUUGUGAUAGACUCGUCUACUCGGACGCUACCGGUUAUGAUGGUGGUGUUUGCCACGACAGUCCGCGGGUGGAGAAGCACGUUCGUUUCUCCCUCUCUGCUUCCCACCCCCCUCCCGACAUUGAGGCCGAGUUCGGCGGGCGCAGCAACAGUCAGCGCCUGCAGGACAUGGCGCGCCGUCGCGGCUACCUCUAUCCUGCUGAUGGCGUAAUCGGCGCCGGCAAUGCCGACGACGACAGUGACGACUCCGGUGGUGGAGCCUUUGACCGUCUAGUGGGAGUCUUCUGGCCUGAUGGAGGUGAAAAUCGCAGUCAGGGUCGACUGAGGUGGCGGGGACGGCGACGCUAUUAUCACCAUCAUAUCGGCAGGUGCCUACUGGAUGUCAUCGCUUUCCUCACCUGCCUCUUCGCCCUCCUCAUCUUCUCCCUCCUCUUCCUCUCUCUCGUGGUGUGCAUCCCAUUGGCCUGGUUCACCACCUCUACCGGUGAUGGCAGUGCACUGGCCGGGACCUGCGUCCGCCUACUGAACGCAUUUGGCCUGCAUGCACUCCUGGCAAGAUGA